AUGCCGCCUUUUGUUCGAAAGCAACCACUUGGAGAGCGCAUCAAAUCGGCCUUGAAUGUGUACGACUUUUUACUGUCAGUUUCUGAGGGGAUCGAGUCUUAUGGCUGGGAUCAGGUCGAAAAAGCCUGGGCAGCGCCUAUAGGUGUUGCGUUCAAUUUGAUCUUCCUGAUCUCAAGAGCAAAUGUGGGAAAGAGAUCGAACAGCUACGAUGAUGUGUUUGGGGAGAGUACAGGCAGUGGAUGGGCUGCAAGCAUAGCGUGGUUCUUCGUCUAUCUGCUGACCAUGAUAUGCUUUCUCAACACCUUCUACACUUUCUUUCGCAAGCGCCAUUAUCGCCUGUUCGAAGCCCCGGUCGAUGUGGUUCUCAGCACUCCAUCAGCUCACAGAGUCAAACUGAACUCCUCCCCCAUCUCCUCAUCACCCUUACGAUACCUCUCACAACUUCUUGGAAGUGAAUCGGCCGAGUCAAGAGCGCAUCCUAAUGCACGUGAAGAUGUGUGGGAAAUUUCACUUUGGGAUCCCUUACCAGUAUCCUUGAGACUGUUUUGUUACUUCAGUCCUGGACAUGUCAUUCUGUAUUGGAUGUUCCUCCCGACUUCUCCGGCCAACCCAAGACCAAGCACUACAGUUGCAACAGCAAUCCUAUUAGCUCUCCUGCUAUCCCUCCAGCUAUCUUUCAUGAGCUCCUGCUUUUCACAACAGAGCAAGGACAGCGCUCUGAUAUCGAAAGAGGUUAUGAACGAGUACGACAUCAAAUUUGUGCGACCCAGAACAAGCCCGUUGUAUAGAGACGUGGCUACACAAUACACAGAAGACAAUUCAUACAGCCAGGCGAAAGAGGACAGAUACAACAACGUGGUGGUGUUUCCGCCAGCGUUUAUAAUCAAUAGAGGAUUCAAGACAAAUCCAAAUCCGAGUUUCGUAAAUCAGGCCGAUGCAAGUAAUGGACCUCAGCAGCAAACUACAACACCUGACUACAGAAGUCCAAUUCCUCACAAUAACCUUUCAUCACCUAUGCGACCACAAACUGCAAUUAAGCAACCAGUCUUUCGACCGAAUGCUGGGGGUGGUAGUCUUGGAGUUUAUUCGCAUGCCGCCUCUCCACUCAGAAAGAGUGCCUCUACUAAUUUCUCGCCUGCCAAGGGACAGUAUCUCAACGAUGUGGCAAGAAAUAGAGGCAGUCAAAGUCCAGACAAGCGAAAAAGCACCCCUGCUGGUGGCUUAGUGAACACGAAUGUAGCCCGACAGCGAUGGGGCCAUCUCAAGCCGGAUACCGCUCGACGGGAAACAGGCAAUUUUUAA